AUGAAUGUCAGUACUAGUGCUUUGGGAGUAAGAAGGAGAAAGGUUGCUACACAAAAUAUUGACGAUGAAGAGAAUGCAGCAGUUUUAAAAUUAGGACCCGAAUUCCAGCUAACCCAAAUAACAAAUUCCGGAGAGAAGCAGCAAUUAAUAGCGCUUAAUCUAUCAGAAACAAGAUUAUUGAUCAGAGCAGCUUUAAAGGAACGAAAGAAGAAUCAAAAACCCAAAAGUCGUGCCAACCAACUGUCUCAAGUGGGAUCUGAUGAUGCAAUGAAUUCAGAUUCAGACGAAGAUGAGGACUUGAACAAUACAAAAGAAGAUGAGAUUUCCAAUAUGGAAUUAGCAGGACCGAAUUCAAAUGAAGUUAUACACAAGACAUUAAAUUAUUUAACUAAUUUCGCUAGAUUCAAAAACAGAUCCAGCUGCGAAACAGUUGAAAAACUCCUUAAUGAUUUUAAUGAACAUUGUAAAGAGUAUUUGCAUCCUUUUGAAAUUGCACAAUUGGGAACUUUAGAGUGUGAGGAUGCUGAAGAGGCAAAGAGUUUGAUACCGAGCUUACAAAAUAAAGUCUCUGACGUUCAAUUGCAAAGUUUGUUGACUGAGUUGAGGAAAUAUCAAACAUUGUCAUAA